AGUCUCGACACGCGAGGAAAUGCAAGAGGGUUUUCCCGCUCAAGGCAUUCACACAAGACAGACAUGCGACUUCCAUUUGUAGAGUUUCUCAUCCAAUCCACCCAGGAGCUCGACGUCGGUCCGAUUGUCAAAUACGCCGCAUUGUCACUCUUCGCUGAUCGCUUCUAUCCCUCUCUGUCCAGGUUUGCACAAGGCAAUGACAAGGCGAAUUGGCUUUUGCAACCAAUUAGAGAGAGCAAUUUGCAGUUGUUUGCACUUAUUUCUAUAUGGAUCUCAAGCAAAAUACAUGAUUCUUGUCCACUGCCUGUAAAAUGUUUGAAGUUCUUGGGAGACACAACUAUCAAGGAACAACAUUUUACAACUCGAGAUUUCUUGGAAGCAGAGGUGGUCUUUUUGCAGGUAUUGGAUUUUGAGAUUGGUACGGCAAACAAUGCUUUCGUAUUCUUUGAAGAGCUUUAUAUUCAGUUCAAGGGAGUAGCGAAGGUUGGAGAAUUGUUGAACUUUGAAGCAUGCAUGGAUAUCAUGGACCUUGUAUAUGAAAAGGAGGAAACAUCACUUCUUCAUAGUUCUCGUUUGCUUGCUGCUUCAAUCUUGGUUGCUUCAUAUGUCAUUACAGUCCCUAAAAAGAAGUGGGAGUUUCCGGUUCUUCCUUGGGGUUCAUAUCAGCUGCCUUUUAUGAAGCCCAAUCCUUAGAGGGGGAGGUUCUCUCGAGGGAGAUUGUUUUGUGGAGGUGUGGCACAGAUGUUGGUGGAGAAGCUGAGGGUGCCAUCGGGAACACAGCAGUGGCACGGUGCGGUGAGGUAUAGAUGGUGCGAUUAACAGGGAUUGGGUUUUUAGACUCUGUGCAAAAGGAAGUCGAGAAGGGUGGUCGAGUUUCAGUGGAGGUGGGUUCUGAAUGAGAAUUUGUAGAUUCUCAGUUAGUGUUGGGCGAGAGUGGGGGACCUGAUAUGAAGGAGAUGGGUAGCUCCAUUCCUCUAUGUGCUAUUCUACCUAGUUAGUUCCUCAGUCUUCGGAUUGGAUGCUGAAAAAGGUGGCAGAGUUGCAGCAGUGGGUUGGCAUUUCUUGCGAUGGCUAUGAGGAACAAUUCAAAGCCCUCUUGGUGGCUAUCGAAUCAAGCAGAUCAACGGCAUUGAAGUCAACAGUUAAAAAAGAUAGGGAGUUGAAAAGAUUAAUGUGCACUAUCAACUAAGAUAACAAGGAGGGAAGUGUUGGGAGGGAGAGAGUGAAGGGGCGGGGGAGUUGUUUAUCUUAUGAAGUCUAGAAUUUUAUCGUGGAAUGUUAGGGGGAUCAAUGAUGUUAACAAGGGACUUUGCAUUCGAUCUCUUCUCCGUAGUUGGAAAGUUGAUGUUGUGUGCCUUCAAGAGACCAAAUUGUUUAAUGUUGACAAAAGCAUUAUCCGAAGUCUAUGGGGCUGUUCGUAUGUGGGAUGGAGCUAUUUAGCCUUUUUGGGGGCCUCAGGAGGGGUGUUAUUGAUGUGGGAUAGGAGAGUGGUCGACAUUAUUUCAAAUUUGAGAAUAUGUGGCUUCAAACGACUGGCUUUGAGGAGAGGGUGAGGGAUUGGUGGGCUUCCUAUUCAUUCAUUGGCACUCCUAGUUUCAUUAUGGCUAGGAAGCUUAAAGCUCUUAAGUCAGAUCUGAAAAAGUGGAAUCAUGAGGUUUUUAGACAUACAGAUGAACAAAAGAGUCUUCUUUGGGAUGAGUUGCAUUCUCUAGAAGUAGGGGGGUCAAUGAAGAUGCUACUCUGAGAAAGGUUGAGGUGGUGGCAGAGUUAGAGAAGGCGUUGUUGUUAGAGGAAAUUUCUUGGAGACAAAAAUCUAGGAUGAUUUGGUUGGAGGGUGAUAGAUGUACUAAAUUCUUUCACAAAAUGGCAAAUUCUCACAGGCAUAACAAUGUAAUUGAGGCAAUUCAUUCCAGUAAUACAGUGUAUCAGUCCCUAGAGGAUGUUCAAGAUCAUAUUGUGUGCUAUUAUGAGGAGCUCCUCAAAGAGAUGGGGUGUGGCAUCCUAAAUUGGUUGGGUUAUCUUUCGAUCAGCUGGAUGACAGUGUUGCAAGUUGGUUGGGGAGACCUUUUGAGGAAUCCGAGGUGCAUCAAGUGGUGUGCGGUAUGUGUAAAGACAAAGCUUCAGGCCUAGACGGUUUUUCUUUGGCUUUCUUUCAAGAGUGCUGGGAAGUAGUGAAGGUUGAUGUGAUGCAGGUGUUUCAAGAGUUAUAUCUUUGCCAUAAGUUUGAAAAGUCCCUUAAUGCCACCUAUAUUGCUCUCAUUCUGAAGAUUGCGGGAACUAUGGAAUUGAAAGAUUUAUGUCCUAUAAGUUUGGUUGGUGGUAGUUAUAAAAUCAUUUCGAAGGUGUUAGCAAAUUGCAUGUGCUUGGUGAUGGAAAAAAUAAUUUCUAAACCUCAAAAUGCCUUUGUUCGGGGUUGACAAAUUUUGGAUUCGGUUUUGAUUGCAAACGAGUGCUUGGACAGCCGAGUGAGGGAGGGUAGACCGGGAGUCCUGUGUAAGUUGGACAUGGAGAAGACCUAUGACCAUGUGAGCUGGGAUUUUCUACUUUAUAUGUUAAGGAGGUGUGGCUUCGGAGAUAAUUGGUGUGGUUGGGUUAAACACUGUGUUUCGACCGCUCGGUUUUUUGUGCUUGUUAACAACACACCUUGUGGAUUUUUUCAGAGUUCGAGAGGUUUGAGACAAGGGGAUCCGUUAUCUCCUUUCCUUUUUGUUUUAGUAAUGGAUGCUUUAAGCCAUAUGAUGGAAGCUGCUGUACGGGGUGGGUUUUUGGCUGGUUUUUCAGUGGGAAGCAAUAGUAACGGGUUAUCCAUCUCUCACUUAUUGUAUGCGGAUGACACUCUAAUUUUCUGCGAUGCUAACAGUGGAAAUAUUCAAGCUUUAAGGGUUGUACUAUUGUGUUUUGAAACGGUUUUGGGCCUCAAGGUGAACUUGGGAAAGUCGGAAUCAGUUCCGGUGGGGGGGAGGUGGGGAAUAUUGAUUAUCUAGCUGAUUUGAUGGGCUGUAAAGUGGCAGCUCUUCCUAUGAGCUACCUUGGUCUUCCUUUGGGAACAUCUUUUAAAGCAAAAUCUAUUUGGGAUGGAGUGGUAGAGAAGGUAGAAAAAAGGUUGUUGGGGUGGAAGCGGCUCUAUCUUUCCAAAGGUGGGAGGUUAACUCUUAUCAAAAGCACACUUUCUAACCUUC